AUGCCUCAGUCUUACAAAGAGUGCCAUGCUCACAGUGAGAAAUCUGCAUCCCUGGUUGACAAGACACCUUGGUCCCCAUUCCACACAUUGGGUGACUUUGAGUUUGUGGAAAUUGCACUUGCUUCACUGCUCAAUCAGCAACAGGUCAAUGCCCUGCUGGAUCUCUUUGCUCAUGUCACACAAGAAGCCAUCCAAGUAAUGCUCAAGAAUGAUGCCAAACUUUGCAAAGUGUGUGAUGCAGCUGCAAUGGAACUCACUCCAUUCUCCAGGGUCAAAGUUAAGGUACCAUACAAAAAGGAAGAAUGCACAAUGGCAUUGAGUAUGAAUGUUUUUAUGAUGAGCCCUGGACCAGAGAUCAUUGGUGGGAUGUUCAACACUACCAAGGGUUACCCCAUUGUUGUGCACUAUGCAAACUUACCAGUUGAGAUUCAGAAUAGCAAUGUUGUUGGUGGGAGUACCAUUGUUGUUUGCCUGCCUAUUGUCCCCAAAGAUGCUGAAGAAGAGGGAAAGCUAGGCUACACAACCCUCAAGCAUGUCAUUUGGCACAAAUCUUUUAAAAAGUUACUGGAGAUUGAGCAGUACUCAAAGACUGGACUGGCAGUACUAACUCAAUGGCACUCACUCAUGGUUGCAGUGGCAAACACCCUUGCCCUCUUUGACAGACUGCAUUAUGGGCAUGGUUUUUGGGGCAAGGAUGUCUUUGGGGACCUAAAGGUGAUUGUAAAGGCACUUGGGCAACAGAUCAAAGCCAAUGUCAAGAAGUAUGUUGCAAGUUUUCCUCACUGGCAAAACCUCACACACUUCAACCAAGUUAUUCACAUCACUUUUUCAGAUGGUAUCAAGCUGGCCAAUAUCUCCAAGAAAAUCUUCUAUGCAGUGAUCAAUGUUUUGAAGAAGAGUAUAACCCCUGAAGGCCUUGUUGGCUUAGAUGUCCAGACUGAACAUAUGAUUAACAUGAUCAACAACAAGAUAUUGACAUUUGUCCAGACACUGAAGGACUACAUCAAAUGCAUCAUGAAGUCCAACAUUGAAGGUCUGCAAUCUGACUGGAAUUUCCUGAAAGUCCACCUUUGGAAGCAUGUCAAUGGAGAUAUCUGCCUAAAGGGUGCUGCAUGCAACUAUAGCACUUGGCCCAAUGAAAAGACAUUCCUGCUCAGAUUGCAUGUUGAUUACCUCAAGAAAUCUGUCUCUGGGGAAUCAGAUCCAGAAGCUGAUGCACUUGGUGCACAUGUCAUCACAACCCAAAUCCUGAAAGACUUGGAGGAAAAUGGUCAGCCAGAUAUGGCAUUCCAUCAGUUCUGUCAAAGGUUCUCAUAUGGAUAUCAAGUCAAGUCAUGGAUCUCCCUCCCUGCUGACUUUGUGUUGAAACUGUGCUUGUGCUAA